AUGUCGGUGUCCAUCAAACUCGGAACUCCCCUUGCGGAGGCCCUUAACGAGGCCGUGCAGCCAAAGCUAGUGGACGUUGGUUGGAGCACAGGCGGGGGCGAUGACUCCGCUCUGGCUGAAUACGUCAUUCUUAUGCUUGUCAACGGGAAAACCCAGGAUCAAAUUGCUACAGAGCUUGCAAACGACCUUCUAAGUCUGGGUCCGGAAGAUACAGAAGCUGCUGAUUUUGCAAAAUGGCUAUUUGAAAAGGUUCAUGAACUGAAUAACAAGAUCAAUGGUGUUUCGGCGGAGACAGAGCAACAGAAACAGUCACAAGUCAUUCCUUCUAUUUCAGAGCAGCAGAGCAGCUCAUCUUUACCAGCUGGGACAGGGGAUUUUAGAGAUUCUGAAAUGAGUGGAGAUGUCACCAACGAGGGACAGGAUGGUAAUAUAAUGACUCAGUUCUACACCGUGUACGCAGCCACCAAGGUUCAGAACGAAUCAACAGCCAUUCCAGAGAUCCCCCGAAAGGUCCGAGAGCAUUUCCGGGGAGAAACGGACGUAUGCUUCCAGGGGGGCUAUCCGGACCAAUGGAUGAUGGCUAUGCUGGAAGAGCAAGCUCGAAUGAUGGCUCAGAUUAUACCCGGCAUGGUUCCACCAGCGAUUAACCCCGCAUUUCAAAAUGGCCCACCUCCGGGCCAACAAGGGCGCUCCCUUUUUGAUCGCGCUGAGAUCAACCCGCACCGGAACCAGCACUUGGGUCCACAGGAACACACAAACGGCCACUCUUCGAAAUUCCAUACACCAAGCGCAAAUGCCGACGUGGACAUGAACACAUCACAUAAUGCCCCAGAUUCUUCCAUGGACGUUGAUGCUGCCCACGAAACUCAAUCCGCAGAACCAGGUCCACACACUGUUUGUCGAUUUAACCUGAAAUGCACACGGAAAGACUGCCCCUACGCGCAUCAAUCUCCCGCUGCCCCUGAAGGCAUGGUCGUCGACGUGAAUGAUGAAUGCCCUUUCGGAGCAGCAUGCAAGAAUCGGAAAUGCGCUGCCCGACACCCUUCCCCCGCCCAAAAGAUCGAACACCAAUCCGAAGAACUUUGCCGAUUUUUUCCACACUGCACAAACCCGAACUGCACAUUCAAGCAUCCGAGUAUGCCGAUGUGCAGAAAUGGCGCGGACUGCACAGUGCCGUCUUGCAAGUACACGCAUCUGCAAAUCCCCUGCAAAUUCAAACCGUGUCUUAACAGGAUGUGCCCGUUUAAGCAUGCUGAGGGCCAACGUGGUGUGUUUGCGGAUAAGGUGUGGAGGGCUGGAGAUGAGGAGAAGAAGGAGCAUGUUAGUGAACGACGAUUCGUGACAGAUGAGGAUGGGCAGGAGGAACUUAUUAAACCCGAGACUACCGUGGCUGAUCCAUCUGCCGACGCGGACGAAGCGAAGGGGCACGAGAUUGUGACUUGA